AUGGCGCCUAACGGGACCUGUGAGCCAUGCAUCGACAUGUCGAACAUGGUAGACAUUUCAAAGGACCAGAUGGACUUUAUUGAUACGUCCUUCUUCCAGUCAAACGAAUCGCCCGGACCCCAACUCCCCACACCUGCAUCCAUCAUCCAACGCUACGGAGAUGGAGGAGCCCGUGUCGUUAAGAUAGAGGAACAGAACAUGGCAGUGAAGAUAAACGACGUAUGCUAUUUAAGAUUAGAAGAAGAAGUCCCUGUCCCGGAGAUUCGGCGCGAUCUCUCUAGCGUGAUUAGGGCGCUAAGGAAGAUCCCUCCUAAUCCCUCUAACCUGAUCGGUACUACACUAUCUUUAUUUACUAGAGCUAUGCUAACAUUUGAUGACAGAAGGUUCUUCAGACUUAAUCACGAGGGAGGCCCAUUCUCAUCCAUAAAAUCAUUCAAUAAUUGGCUAUUCGCUAUUACUACUCACCAGACUCCUGGCCCAGAUGGAGUUCGCAACCUGGAACAUCCUGACUUAUAUCGGGACUUGUUGCCGGAUACCGGGCGUAUUUAUUUCACACACGGAGAUUUAACGUUGGGAAAUAUCAUUGUCUCAGGAGCUCCUGGUGUCCAGAGAGUCAAAGGCAUCAUUGACUGGGAACAGGCAGGGUGGUAUCCCGAGUACUGGGAGUAUUGCAAGAUGCUCUACGGGGUGGAACUAGGUCAUGAGUGGCGCACAGACGACUGGCCCGACAAUAUUGUCAAGCCUUUUGAGGAUGCUUUUUUUGCCUUUGCAGACUCCAAGACGAAGAGGACCAAAAGCGCACGCAGGACCGCAUGCAGCACGAGCCUGGUUUCGCAGUGCGUGACCUUCCCUACUCAUGCCCCUGACGACAGGGACUGA